AACAAAGACCUAUUGACAAAACCAAAACGUACGCUUUCUGGUGGAGAUAAUUUUAUAGAAUAUGAGACAAGCAAUAAUAACCACAAUAGAGUAUGAUGCAAUAUUUUAGAAAUAUGUUAUAAUAAAAGUUUGAGACAAUCAAAGUUUAUAAUUAUAUUUAGGGAGACUUUACAAGAUUGUGAAAAUUAUGAUGGAAACUUUACAAGAUUAUGGAAAAGUUAAUCAAAGAGAUUAUACAAAACUCUCUAAUAAUCAUUUAAAAUCGUUAAUUUUAUCUAUUUUCUAUAUUCUUUAAAGUUAUUAAAACUCUUUUAAAGUUGCCAACAAUAACAAGGUACAAUGCUACAACUAAAAAAACGAAGCAAUAAAAGCGCGCGAAUCGGAGGGAACCGGAGAGACCAAAACCCUAAUUUCGUCGACGAAAACAACCAUGCCGGAGCUUCCAGAGGUAGAGGCGGCGAGAAGAGCAAUAGAAGAAAAUUGUCUUGGAAAGAAGAUUAAGCGAGUCAUUAUCGCCGACGACAACAAAGUAAUCCAUGGAAUCUCCCCGUCUGAUUUCCAAAUCUCAAUCCUCGGCAAAACCAUCGUCUCUGCUCGUAGAAAGGGCAAAAACCUCUGGCUCGAGUUAGAUUCGCCGCCAUUUCCUUCUUUUCAAUUUGGUAUGGCUGGUGCUAUUUAUAUCAAAGGCGUUGCAGUUACUAAGUAUAAGAGGUCUGCUGUAAAGGACUCAGAGGAGUGGCCAUCUAAGUAUUCAAAGUUCUUCGUCGAGCUUGAUGAUGGUCUGGAGCUUUCAUUUACUGAUAAGAGGAGAUUUGCCAAAGUUCGACUUCUAGAAAAUCCAACUUCUGUGAGUCCAAUAUCAGAGCUUGGUCCUGAUGCAUUGUUAGAGCCUAUGACAGUUGAGGAAUUUGCAGAAAACUUAGCUAAAAAGAAAAUAACCAUAAAACCUCUCCUACUUGAUCAGGGUUUUAUUUCAGGUAUUGGGAAUUGGAUCGCUGAUGAAGUGCUGUACCAAGCCAGAAUCCACCCGUUGCAGUCUGCUUCUAGCCUCUCCAAAGAGCAAUGUGAAGCUUUGCACACAUCCAUCAAAGAGGUCAUUCAACAUGCGGUUCAAGUCAGUGCUGAUAGCAAAGAGUUUCCUGUUGAUUGGUUGUUUCAUUUUCGGUGGGGGAAAAAAGCGGGGAAAGUUAAUGCUGUGGAAGUUGAUGCAGACAGUAGUCAGUUUCCUAGUAACUGGAUUUUUCAUGAUAGGGAAAAGAAGCCAGGAAAGGCCUUUGUUGAUGGGAAGAAGAUUGAUUUCAUUACUGCUGGUGGAAGGACAACAGCUUAUGUUCCAGAACUGCAGAAACUUUCUGGGAAAGACGCAGAGAAAGCAGCCAAGGUCAGACCGGCUAAACGAGGUGUGAAACCCAAAGAAGACGAUGGAGAAGGAGAAGAAGAUGAACAAGAAUCCGAGAAAGAAGAUGAGAGUGCUAAAACGAAGAAAGGACAGAAGCCCAGGGGUGGUCGUGGUAAGAAGCCUGCCUCGAAGAGAAAAACAGAAGAUAGUGACGAUGAGGACGAUGAUGCUGAUGGUGGAGAUGAUAGCGAGGCUGAAGAGAAAGUUGUGAAACCCAGAGGCCGUGGUACAAAGCCUGCGACAAAGAGGAAAUCUGAAGAGAAAGCUACUAGCCAAGCUGGUAAGAAGCCAAAGGGAAGAAAAAGUUGAGAACCUAAUGACUACAAGAUGUUUUUUUUUUGUGGGAAGCAAACACUUAUCCCAUUUUUUUGUAAGAAAGUAUGUUGGAAAUGUGGGAUGUCUACAAGGCUUACUAUUGCUAGUUAUUUUGGCUGUUGCAAGGCUUUGUGAUUACC